UGGGGGAGGGGAAUUUUGGGGGGUCCCGGGGGGGGAUGGGGGGGGAGGAGAACGUGUUCCUGUUCGUGCCCAACCUGAUCGGCUAUGCCCGGAUCCUCCUGGCCGCCGUGGCCUUUUGGCUGAUGCCCUCCCGGCCGGGGCCAGCGGCCGCCUGCUACGGCCUGGCCGGGCUGCUGGACGCCGUGGACGGACACGUGGCGCGGCUGCUGGGGCAGGGCUCCCGUCUGGGCGCCAUGCUGGACAUGCUGACGGACCGGCUGAGCUCCCUGUGCCUCCUGCUGAACCUGGCGCUGCUUUACCCGCCCUGGGCGCCGCUGCUGCAGCUGGGCGUGGCCCUGGACGUCAGCAGCCAUUGGCUGCACAUGCACUGGUCCACCCUGCAGGGGAUGACGUCACACAAAGCCCUGGGGGGGGAGGGGCACCCCCUGCUCCGGCGCUACUACGAGAGCAGAGCGCUGCUGUUCCUGCUCUGCGCUGGGAACGGGUUCUACUGCUGCCUGUACCUGCUGCACUGGGGGGAGGGGCCGGCCGUGUUCCCGGGGGGUCCCGGCCUGGCCAGGUUGGGUUUGUGGCUCGGGGCCCCCCUGGCCGCCCUCAAGACCUUCCUGAACCUUCUGCAGCUGGGCGGGGCCUUGAGGGGCGUGGCCGCCCUGGACGCGGCCGAGAGAGCCCGGAAGCGCUCCUGACCCCUCCCCCACCCCCAAAAACCCCA